CCGCUGUCUGCACCGGCCACGGAGUGAUGAGAAGAUCCUUCAGUUGUGUUCCAUCUUCCAUGAUCAAGAGUCUAAGGAGCUGAUGGUGUACCUUGCUUAUGAAAAAUUAGUUUCCUGAUCAGCUGGGAAGCAAUACAUCAUGGUGCAAGCUACUACGAAUGGGAGGUAUCCAGAUGAAGCUGCUGCUGGCGUAUGCUCCAUAUCUUCAAAAGUUACGAGUUCUGGAAGAUUGUGAACCAUUAUGCUACAAGGUCAUCGUGGAACCAGCCACGUACUGUCCACUGCUUCCCAGACUACACAUCGCGAGGUUGGAAGCGACCUGCAUACAGCAACGCCCGACCUUUAUCAGGUCGUCAGACCACCGUGUGAGUGGACAUCCUACACUGCACCUAUCAAUACGUGGUCUCCGAAGCGCAUUAAGCUUAGACAGCACCCUUAGCAAGCACUUCAUGGGCGCCUCUAAUUACUGUAACCUGACCUCCUAGUCACUUGCCGGAUGAUACGGUUCUGCGAAGCCUUCACUCGAGACGAUUAUGAAGAUGGGGUGUAAGUGGCUCCUCCGACAUCAGAAGAGCCAAAGUCAACCUCACCUGCCCGUGGUACACCCUGCUGAUUAUCAAAGGAGAAUCAACUAACGAGGCUCUGGCGCUCCAGACCUUCCUCAAUGUAAGUCCUGAACCGAGGGCAAUCACGACGGUUGCUUACCAUCAGGCGAUCCGUCUGUCCGUUCGGCCCGAACAGCUAACCAUCAGCUUUACAGGAAUACAUUGAGGAAGGUCGUUCAUUGAAGAGAUUCUUUAGACCAAAGGUUUCCUGUCUAAAGGACUUCUUCGACUUUGUUUACUGGUAUUUCAUCCAGUAUAGGGGUUGACAUCUUAUUCAUUUACGUCUGAAUAACAUGUCUACCCCCGUUUGUAAAUAACUAUGUUUAGGUGCAUCUAACAUGUUGGUGUUUAUGUCUUACAUGAAAAACAUAUAUAUGAAUUACC